UCGAAUGCAUCAUCCAGACAAGGUGCCGGAGGCCGAAAAGCUGGCCGCCGAGGAGCGGUUCAAGCGUCUGUCAGAGGCGCACGACCUGCUGGCAGAUCCCGAGCGUCGCGAGCUCUACGACCGCUUCGGCAUCCAGGACCCCAAUGUCUUGGCGCAGGACCAGUGGGACAUGGGGGAGGCGGGCAUGCACGGCUUUGAGAACUUUGAGGAGAUCCUCAAGGAGUUCUUCCAAAAUGCCGGAGGAGCACCUCCGGAGCCUGAGCGGCUUGGAAGCCAAGCACCUGAGGACUUGCAGGACGUUUGGGAGGGCAUUUUGGGCUUCACCCUCCUUAGCUUGGGUGCUGCCUCCUUGGCUUGUGUAGCCUGGCUGGUUCGGCGGCCGCCCUUGUCGGGCGUGUUGUCCUGGUGUUGGUGGAGGUGCCGCUUCCUGCUCUUUGACCUCGGCUUUGGAUAG